GACAAUAAUAAUGAUGAUUAUUGAUAAUUAAUUAGUGAUGAUGACAUCAAUCAAUCAAAUGAUUUAUUUAAAACAAUUCAUCAUUGUAACCACUUGUAGAACGUUUCGAAUAAUUUGAAUUAAUAUUGAGACCAAAAAAGAAAAAAAAAAUUAUUAUUUUAUUCGAUUCAAAUAAUUAAUGUUCAUUUAUUUUAAUCAUUAUUAUUAUUAUUAUUAUCCCAUUUUAUCAAUUUCAUUGACGAUGUUGUUCUACAAUAUUUGUAUCAAUAUUUUUUACAUGAAUCAUGUUAUUGUUGAACAUAUUAAGAUAAUCAUUCGAUUUGUAAUGAAUUAUUUGAAAACAUUUUUUCAACAAUCUUUCCAACAUCAUCAUAAUCAUCAUCAUCAAUCGUAUCGUAAUCGACAAAAACAACAACAACAACAGCAGCAGCAAGAUUUUCUAUUCCAAUCAAUAUCAAAUUAUCGUAAUAAUCGUCUCAAGUGUAAAUAAUAUUUUAUCUGGUUCGUCUGAUUUUUUCAUCAUUUUUUCCAGAAGUUUUAAAUACUCGAAGAAAAAAAUUAAUAUUCAUAAAGUAGUAGUGGUGAACAGAAAAAAAAACAAACUCAUCAUUUGUUGCAUUUUGUUUUUUGUCUUGUUUUGUAAAAUAUAAAGAAUUUUUUUUUGUUUGUUUGCUAAAUUUGUUAAAAGAAUGCCAAUACUCUACGAUACUCGACGAU